AUGGCGACUUCCAACAGAUACCCCCCGAACUCAAAUCCGCAUCAAGUCCAGCAGGCACAACUGCAGGGACAACAGUACCAGCAGUCACAAGCGCCCGUCGCUCCUACCACUCAGACAAAGGGCCGCCCACCGAGUUCCCAACGCAAGUCGAGAGCCUUCAGCUUCCGAUCGGACAAGUCUCACGACACCAAGGAGCAAAAGCUUGACUUGCACGAGACCAGUGCCGAGAAGGACGCCAAACGGUUACAUACAAAAGCCGACCCUACCUUGGCCAUGAACGAGGCAGAGCCAUCCGAGGUGGCCGCGCACGUUAAGUCAUCGCUCGCUUCUUUGCGGAAUGUGCAGCACAAGGAUGUCUUUGGAAAUCCAAUCGGUCCAUUUACCGCUCAGACUCGGAGUCAACCUGGGGCAAUAGCGGCAGACGAAACAGUUAUUAUGGCACAAGUACGACCAACUUUAUACCCCCUCAUUAAGACAUGGAAGACGGGAAUGCUAACCGAAUUAGAUGGCCCCGGUUACUACAACAGCCGACCAGCUUCGGCAAUGUAUCCAAACCGUCAGGACGGCAGCCAACAUGACCUGAGGCAAGCACCACGAGACACUUACUACGAUUACCAGUCAGGAUACAACAGCGGGUAUUCCUCCCCGCCUCAGAGUCAAGGCAGACGUCGUGAUCCCAGGAUCAUGCCUAACCCGCAAUUCUCUUCGCCGUAUCAAUCGCCGAGCGCGAACGACUACCCGAUCCCGAGUAACCAUCGCUCGUACGAGACCGUUGCCUCGGCAUCUGGAAGUGAUCCAUUGGGGUAUCAGACUGAUCCGACAAGUAGUGACAACAGCUCGAUUGAACGAGCUCAAGCGGGGCCAGUUUCCAAGCGACCGUCGGAACCAGCAAAUGAUUAUGGAAUAGGAUUCAGCCAGAACACCGAAUAUUCACCAUCAGCUUUCACAGUUGGCUACAACGGGAAACCUGCUACGGGCAUGAACAGCGGUGGAGUAAACAACUACCAAGCGAACGGUACGCCUGGCUUCGCCAACAACAACCUCAACAACUUCAGUCAGGGAAGCCCCAGCGUUGCACCAGUCACAGCGCCUGCUCCGCCCCAGAAAGACACCCGGACACUACAGAAAAAGUCGAACGAUACCAUUCAACCAGAAAGGCCGGGCGUCCCAGAGAAGCGCAAGAGUUGGUUUUCGCGCAAGCUGAAGAGGUAG